AAUGUAUAAGGAUGGAUCCUAAAAAUUGAUAGAUCAGUGUUUGGUAAUCUAGAAUCACAGCAACCUGUAAACCAGUUAUACGGGAAACAUGAAGUUCUAUUAUUGCUUGAUAUUAUCACUAUUAGGGAUAGCAAAUGGAUCGCCAUACUAUUAUCGUGAAGAUAAACACCACUCAGAACAUCACAAAGAAUAUUCUUACAGUGAUAGUCAAAGUCAACCCUCAUUGUCUGCAUAUGAAUCUUCACCUCAGAAAUAUAUUGAAACUUCCCAUUUCAGUACUCAUGCAAUUCCAGAACGAUACUAUAAAUUAGAAACUAAUCCUUCAUUUUCCAGUGGUUUCAGCCAAUAUUCAGGAGGUGAUCAGUCAGCUUUUCACCAGAAAGGAUUCCAAAGUAGUGGAAUACAAAGUAGCCACUUAAGUCCAUUUUUAACAGGACAAAGCAUAAAUGUACAAGGAGUCAAACCUGGAACCUAUGUUGUAAAGCAAGUCAAAAUCUAUCGACAACCAACUACUUACACAGGUUUCUAUGGAACAGGCUAUAUGGAUGGCAGAGGCUUAGAAACUGGACAGCAAGAAGAGAAUCUGUAUGGUAGUCAACAUGAAGAGAAUUUAAAUGCACAAACAGGAAAGUAUGUAAAACAAGUACAAACAAACUUAUAUCACCAAAUACCACAGGCCCUCCCAACUAUUACACAAGAUGAAAGCUUAUUUGGACAAAAGUCGAUAAGUGAAGAAGACUUGAGCCAGUUUGGUCAGCAACAAAUUAGUGGUCAAAAAGAAGAUUGCAAGUAUAACGAACAUAUGGAAGACUUUGGACAACAACCUCAAAGAGGAGAUUUAGACAUUGGCCAAGAACAAGAAGAUUUGAGGACACAUCAUUCUCAAAUAGUGAAAACACUAGAAAAUACACCUGUUGAUGACAAAAACAAAGGGUAUAAGUAUUAUGAAAAGCGAGUAACCACUUAUGGAUUGCCAGAAAAAGAAAGUAAUAUUUAUAAACAGACUUAUGUCCAUCACACACAAAUGCAUGGAACAGUAGGUAAUGGAGGAAAUGAUUUUGGAAAGUACCAAGAUACUCUUUUUGGACCAACUACAAUAAAGACAAUUAAUGGUUUUGAAAAUAUACAAACAGGAUCCAAAGAGGAAUCAAAACAUGUUAGUUACAGUAAAGAAGCAGUCGAAUUAGAGAAAAAAGUUCAACAAAUCAAACCACUACCAUAUUACAGCAAUCCUGUAUUCAUACCACAACCAGCAUCACUAGGUCAACAACAAAUCUACAGUGGUUCAUUAGAUGAGGGGCAGCAUGAAGAGAGUGAAUAUGGACAACAUACAUCAGAUUUAGGACAGCGACUGGUUUAUGGCAGUUUGGAGGUUGGUCAACAGCCUGACAGCAUUACUGGCCAACAGCUAGAAACUGGUUCUUUUGAACAAGGACAAAAGGAAGAAAAUUUAAAUGGUAAACAUCUUCAUACUUGGGAGAAGCAUAUCAACACCAGUACAAUAGAGGUGAAAGGAUCAGGAAAAGAACCAGCUCAGAAGCCAUUCGAACACCACCUCAGAACAGAACGUUUAGAAAUAGGGCAAAGUUCUAAUAACAAACCACACAUUCUAGUGAAGGAAAAUGUAACUAGAACUGUGGUAGUAGGUCAUAACAUUCCAACAAAACCUAUACAAAAUCUUCCAGAGGGUCAAAUAGAAGAAUCUGCUAGUGGCCGAAAUAUAGAAACAGGAUUUUUUGAAAUAGGCCAAAAAGAAGAAAAUGUGGGCCAGUUGGAAACCGGUAAUUUAGAAAUAGGCCAACAUGAAGAAAAUGUGGGCCAAUUAGAAACUGGUGAUUUGGGAUUAAGCCAACAUGAAGAAAACUUGGGCCAAUUGGAAACUGGUGAUUUAGAAAUGGGCCAACAUGAAGAAAGACUUGUAAUAGGAAAAAAUUCAGAAAACGUAGGUCAGCAUACAGAACAAGAAACAAUACUUGACAAUGGUAAGUUCAACUUAGGUCAAAAAGAAGAAACUUCAUAUGACUUUGAACUCGGUAAAAGUACUUUUCCUGUAAAAUUAAUAGUGACCCCAACCAAAGCACCAAAAUAUAAUGAGCACACAUCAUAUGUUAAAACAUACAAUCAACAUGAAUCACAUUACAAAGAAUUUAAACAUAAUUCCAACGGCAAGCUAAAAGAUCUCUCCUUAAAUCCUCAGAAAUAUUAUACAACUACAACACCUAAAAAUAAUGAAAAAGAUAGCUUAAAUACAAAUAAAAAAACAGAUUAUUUAGAACUCCAACAAAAGGCAGAGGAACUGGCUCUGAUACUUGGAUUAGAAGAUAACUCUAAGCAGAAGUCAUCACAACAAGAAAGCUAUGAAGAUAAAUUUUUAAGGGGAAAUCUAGAAAAAUCAUCAACUUCUGAGGUUCUUGCUACCGGAACCAAAGAACAUUCAAUUGUAAACCAUCACACUUCAGAAAGCUUGGUCCCAAAUAAAAAAAUAACAACCUGGGAAACACAUAAAGAAGAGUAUGGUUUAAAUUACCCUCUAACCUCUCAAGGCUCAUAUUUCAAAAAACAAACUGAACAUAAUUAUGAAAAUCAAGGUUAUAUUAACCAACCAAUGUCACAAAACUAUGGUUAUCAGGGACAGGGUCAGCAUUCAUCACAUUAUGGUGGAUACAGAAAAGGUUACUCAGUCAAUAGUGGAGAGAGGGCAUAUUUCAGUGACCAACCAAUUCAAAGAACACACACCUCAGGAUCACAAUUUUCAUUUUCAAGUUCAUCAGGAGGUUCUCAAGACAAACAAAAGGUGAUUGACGAUUUUCUAAAGGAACUAGACAAAGAUAUAGCAAUAACUAAUCACCAACAACGACAGCAACAAGGAAGCUAUGCAGGAAUGGCACAGAGUAGACCUGUAAACAGUGAUGUGAGCUACUAUUCUCAAAGGACUGUAUCCACCCAUAGUAAUAGUAGUUACAGCUCUAGUGGUACAGUACCAGGAGGAACCACAGGAAAAGCAUGGUAUCAAAAAAUUGGAGAUUCGAUAGGAUCAGGUUAUAAUCAAGCUAAAGAGAAAGCUAAAGACAUUGUGAAGACAGUUAAACAUUCGGUGGGCUAUUAAAGUUCAUAAAGCAUUGCUUUCUCUAAAACCUAGCUAAUAAACAAAAUAAAAUAAAAUUUAAAAAAAAUUAAAUUAAAUUAUUUAUUUAUUUUGUGUGGAUGUUGUGUGUGUGUAACGUCAAAAAUGUAAAAAUCCCUAAAAUUUAUGGACAUGAAAUAUCUGUAAAAUACUAUUACUAAAUAAAAAUAUAAACAAUAAGUUAAUAAAAAUUUCAAAUGUUAUUACUUUAAAUGACUGUAAAUAAUAAAUAAACUUUUUGAUCUAAAAAAAAAAAAAAA